AUGUUGCGCAAGGAAAGCAGCAUAACCGCGGCCGGCUUCCUAGCUUUGUUCCUGCGUAUGCAGUGCGCCGCUGCGCAGGGCAUGCAAUUGGACAAUGGACCCAUCGGCAUUGCACCACAGCAGAGACUGGUGUUGGCAAAGCCAACAUUCCCUGUAGUAGUCAGUCAGCCGGUGCAGCCACACCUACCUCAACCCUCGCCAGUGGCCCCGCUGGCGCAGCCUGCGGCGCCUCCAGCUGCCCCAGUCUCCGCUGGGCAACUACCGCAAAGUGCUGCAUUCCCAGAGACUAUUCCAAUGGCACCAGUUCAACUAGGCUCCACUUUCGUCUUGCCCCCCUGGAUUCAGCAAAUCGCCAACCACGCUGCAGGAAUGAUUGCGUUCCUAUCAUCAAUAGGCAUUCCAAACUUGCCAUCUGUUGAAGCAUGUGGGAAAGCACCUCAUUCAAGGGAGGUGAUGCUAUGUAUCCAAAACGUGAUGGAGGAUGCGAGGCACAUUUUUGAAAACGGAAAAGAAAUAUCAACUCUCAAUGUCCGCGUCCUCUCGGGUGGAAGACGUGCGGACACGGCUCUUGCACGACUGAAAACCAUUGUCUCGAGACCUUUCGCGAAGAAAAUGAUGAAAGCAUUAGGCACGCCAAUGGCAGCUCUAUUUCUAAUGAAACGGGAGUCAACACCGGAUAGACAGCGGUGGCUUGCUGGAUCUAUUCUGACCCUGGUAUCUGAUCUGCCUGUUGCAACUGAUAUAGCUGAUUCCGCAUCUGGAGGCUUCGGUCACGUGAACGUCGUUUUACCAAGGCCUUCCAGGGUUCACCGAAUCGACCGUGCCAUGAAGGAACUACAGCAAGGAAUGGUAAGGAACCUGUCAUGCUUCUUUCAGAAGCUGGUUACUUCGCACUCUUGCUAUUCAGCAUCCACGAGACGUCAGUACUGGUGGCAUCGACAGUACAAGCGUCGGAGAUAG